AUGUCGGAUUCUUCGUCUUCGGAAGGAGAAGAACUCACAGAAACCGCAGAGAACGUGAAACCGUCUAGGUUAACAAAACCUAAGGGUAAGCACAUCGUCUUAUUUCUUGUACACAUUAUAUUCGCAACUAUCAGAAUCUUUGCAGGUGAUGAUAACACUGCGAACAAAGAGGAUAAUGAACUAGAAGAAGAAGCACCGAAAUCUUUCAAGGAACUGGGUGUCUGUGAACCACUUUGUGAGGCUUGCGAACGAGUGGAUUGGAAAACACCAUCAAAAAUUCAGGUAGCCGCUCUGCCGCAUGCGCUAAGUGGCAGGGAUAUUAUUGGCCUUGCUGAAACAGGCUCCGGUAAAACCGGCGCGUUCGCCCUUCCGAUUCUGCAGUCGUUGCUUGAGGUUCCUCAGAAACUAUUUGCUCUCGUACUUACGCCGACAAGAGAACUUGCCUUUCAAAUUGCGCAACAAUUUGAAGCCUUGGGUGCUGGGAUAGGUUUGAUGGUUGCCGUUAUUGUUGGUGGAAUCGACAUGACUACUCAGGCUCUUGCAUUGGCUAAGCGACCUCAUGUAAUCGUCGCUACGCCAGGGCGUUUAGUAGACCAUUUAGAAAAUACUAAGGGUUUCAACCUACGAGCAAUUAAGUAUCUUGUGAUGGAUGAAGCUGAUAGGAUUCUCAAUAUGGAUUUCGAAGUGGAACUUGAUAAAAUCUUGAGAGUUAUCCCGAAGGAUCGAAGGACGUACUUGUUUUCAGCAACAAUGACUAAGAAGGUUGCUAAACUUGAAAGAGCAUCGCUAAAAGAUCCUGUUCGAGUGGAAGUGUCCACACGAUACCAAACUGUUGAGAAGUUGAGACAACACUAUAUUUUUAUACCUUUCAAGUACAAAGAAGCGUACUUAGUGUAUCUAUUGAAUGAACUUGCUGGGAGUACAGCUAUAGUUUUCUGCGCUACGUGUAAUAGCGCUAUGCAGAUUGCUAUGUUGUUGAGGCAAUUGGGUAUGCAGGCUGUACCUCUUCACGGACAAAUGGGUCAGGAAAAACGUCUGGGUGCUCUGAAUAAAUUCAAAGGCAAACUGAAGGACAUACUAGUAUGUACGGAUGUCGCUUCAAGAGGUCUCGAUAUUCCUCAUGUUGACUUGGUUAUCAAUUAUGAUGUACCUUCUCAAUCAAAAGAUUAUAUCCAUAGAGUUGGCCGUACGGCUCGCGCUGGACGUGCUGGGCUUGCUAUUACUUUCGUCACUCAGUAUGAUGUAGAAGUCUACCAAAAAAUUGAGGUCCAUAUAGGCAAAAAACUGACGGAAUACCCGUGUGUGGAGAAAGAAGUUAUGUUAUUAGUUGAAAGAACUCAAGAGGCAAAUGAAUUAGCUGUGAAAGAGUUGAAAGAAAUGGCAGACAAGAAAAAGAAGAACAGGAAACGAGGUCUGGAUGACAUUGACGACUCCGAAGAGAUCCCAGGAAAGUUCAAGAAGUCCAUAAAGCGCAAGAAAGGCAAACUGUUGAAUAUUCGUAAAGGACCUAAAUUCUGA